AUGCGCUCCUCAAUCUUCAUCUCUGCCAUCUCCUUCCUCCCAGCUGCUCUCGCAGCUCCCAUGCAGAUCUCGGCCAGAGACUGUGUUGGCCCAGACGUCAACCCUGCCACCAUCGCUCUCAUCAAGGAGUUCGAGGGAUUCGUCCCAGCUCCUGCACCUGACCCAGUUGGCCUCCCAACCGUCGGCUACGGCCAUCUCUGCCAGAGCAAGAACUGCGGAGAAGUUGGCUUCCCAUUCCCUCUCACUGAGGAUACUGCAACCCAGCUCCUCAUCCAAGACGUCAAGGCCCCCCAGCAGACCAUCACCUUGAAGACCGCUGAUGGUGUCCACCUCAACGAGAACCAGUAUGGUGCUCUCGUCUCUUGGACCUUCAACGUCGGCCCAGGAAACGUUGCCACUUCCAGCCUCCUUCAGCGUCUCAACGCUCUCGAGGACGUCAACACCGUCCUCCGCGAGGAGCUCCCCCAGUGGAAGUACGGAGGUGGAAAGGUUCUUCCUGGCCUCGUCCGUCGCCGUGCUGCCGAGGUUGCCCUUGGCGAGACCGCCUCCGACGUCCCUGCUUUGCCAGUUGCCUGCUAA